AUGUCUACACAUAAAAGUCCUAUUACCUGUCAUGUCUUGAUUGCUUCCACAGGUACUCCAGGCGAACAUAUUGAUGUCAAAAUAGAAAAACUUGAUCCUCAAGGAUUUACUGUGCUCUCUACAGCUCAAACCAAUCAUGAUGGUCGUUGCCCUACUUUAUUGCCUGAAGGAUACAAGGCAGAAAAGGGAAUUUAUCGCGUUACUUUUGAGACACAAGCCUACUUUUCAAAGCACAAUCAAGCCUGUUUUUAUCCUUAUGUUCAGAUUGUAUUUGAAUUGGCAAAUCCUGAACAACAUUAUCAUAUUCCUUUAUUGAUUAGUCCUUAUUCUUACACUACGUAUCGUGGAAGUUAA